ACGUCUCUGCCCCACCAUUUUACCGGUAGCCAACAAAACUAGGUUCCGUGGCGUCGGGUGGGACCAGCAAGCAGCCGCCGCAGCCGGCCCCCAGGCGCCUCUAUAUACGGCACUCCGACUCCGAUACAUUGGCGACAUCACAGAUCACACACACUCGAGAACUCCAUUUCGAUCUCAUUUGAAAUCAACCCAUCCUCGUUUCCUCCGUCUAGCAGCCUCUCACCCUCAUGGCCAAGAUCAAGAUCGGGAUCAAUGGGUUUGGCAGGAUCGGAAGGCUGGUGGCCAGGGUGGCCCUGCAGAGCGACGACGUCGAGCUCGUCGCCGUGAACGACCCCUUCAUCAGCACCGAUUACAUGACCUACAUGUUCAAGUAUGACACUGUGCACGGACAGUGGAAGCACCAUGAGGUCAAGGUGAAGGACUCCAAGACCCUUCUCUUUGGUGAGAAGGAGGUUGCUGUGUUUGGCUGCAGGAACCCUGAGGAGAUCCCAUGGGGUUCGGUUGGCGCUGAAUAUGUUGUUGAGUCUACUGGUGUUUUCACUGACCAGGAGAAGGCUGCAGCUCACUUGAAGGGUGGUGCCAAGAAGGUUGUCAUUUCUGCUCCUAGCAAGGAUGCCCCCAUGUUCGUUGUUGGUGUCAACGAGAAGGAGUACAAGUCUGACAUCAACAUUGUCUCUAAUGCUAGCUGCACAACCAACUGCCUUGCUCCGCUUGCUAAGGUCAUCAAUGACAAGUUCGGUAUUGUUGAGGGUCUGAUGACCACUGUUCAUGCCAUCACUGCUACCCAGAAGACUGUUGAUGGGCCCUCAUCUAAGGACUGGAGGGGUGGAAGGGCUGCUAGUUUCAACAUCAUUCCCAGCAGCACUGGAGCUGCUAAGGCUGUUGGCAAAGUGCUUCCUGUCCUCAAUGGAAAAUUGACUGGAAUGUCUUUCCGUGUCCCAACUGUCGAUGUUUCUGUUGUUGAUCUGACUGUUAGGCUUGAGAAGUCUGCCACCUAUGAUGAGAUCAAGGCUGCGGUCAAGGCCGAGGCAGAGGGUAGCCUCAAGGGCAUUCUGGGUUAUGUCGAGGAGGACCUUGUUUCCACCGAUUUCCAGGGUGACAGCAGGUCUAGCAUCUUUGAUGCGAAGGCUGGCAUUGCCUUGAACGGCAACUUUGUGAAGCUUGUGUCCUGGUACGACAACGAGUGGGGAUACAGCACCCGAGUGGUCGACCUGAUCCGCCACAUGAACAGCACCAAGUAAAUGAACAAACUGAUGAAAGCAUGCAAAGAGUGAUGAAAGCAUGCAAAGAGAGUUGUGUUUCUUCCCCGGAAGUGCUUCCGAGAAUAAAUUUUUCUUAUCUGAUUGUCUAAAACCUAUAAUUGGUGUAAUGGUAUCGUAGUGGUUGGUUGAGCAUUGAGUGACUCAUAUUUUGUCAGGUCUAUGUGUUAUCGUUAAACUUUUAACGGUCAUUCUAUUUCAAAAGUUUUGCAUUUUGCAAUC